CCGCCUCCCCGCGCCGGGCGCGGCGGCGCCGUCCGCUCCCAGCCCCGCCCGGUCCCCCGGGUUUAACGCUGGCGAGGCCUGAGCCCCCGGGGGCGGCCCAGCAUGGAGGACGGCAGCCCUGAGCGUGGCGGCGCAGAGCCCCGCCUGCAGGCAGCAGCUCCCUGGGGGGCCUGUCCCGCUCCUUGCCCGUGGCCGAGGCCACGCUGCGCGGCUGCACCGGCCCACGCCGACAGCAACGACAGCAGCGAGGAUGAGGAGGAGGAAGCGCCGUCCUUCCUGGCCCCGCUGGAGCAGAGCCUCCCGGGGCUGCGCCACUGCCUCGGCGUCUGGUGGGACCCCCGCAGCCAAACCUUCCGGGCACACGCGCGGCCCCCGCCCGGCACCGGCACCUUCUCCUACCACCCCGUCCACCCGCGCCUGGCCGAGCGCGCUGCCGCCCUGCACGCCCUGCUGCGGCACCGCCACCGCCUCCGCCUCACCCGCCGCUGCGGCCGCUGGCUGAGAGCCGCCUCCCGCCUCCUCCGCCGGUUCCUGGCGCUGCCGGAGCCACCGGCGGGACAACCGGGGGCCGCCCCGCCGCUGCGGGACCUGUGCCGGGAGCUGCGGGCCCAGGCCGGGCGCUGGGGCCGGCUGCGCGGGUGCGAGGCGCCGGCGCGCGUGCGGCGGGCGCUGCUGCCGCCGGCGCUGCACGCGGCACGGCUGGCCGAGCGGCAUGCCGAGGCGCGGCUGCGGGCGCUGGGGCACGGACCCCCCGCCCCGGCGCUGCUCUGCGACCUCUUCCAGGGGCUGGAGAUCUACAACCAGGCGCUGGGGCUCCUAGAGCCGGGCGUCGCCCGACGCUUGCCCAGCGGUGGCCACGGGGCCGCCGGCGACAGCCCCCGCGCCUUCCCCGCGGGCAGGGUGCUGGGGAUACUGGCGGCCGAGCGGGGCCGGCUGGCGGCCGAGCGGCUCCGGCCCUUCCUGCAGCCGCGGGACGGCGGUGACGGGGCUGCGGGCUGGGAGGACGCCGCGGUGCCUUGGCCCCCGGAGCGCGGUGCAGCGGGAAGCUCGGGACAGGAGGAGCCGCCGGGCUUGGCGGGGGAGCUGCGGGCGCUGUGCAGGGAGGACGAGGAGCUGAUGGGCCUCAUCCUGGGGGUGCUGGUGGCUUCCACCGACACCCUCUGGCACUGUGGUGUCCGCGGAACCAAGCUGGAGAAGCCGGUGGCGGCGGAGAGCCCGGACACGGGCGCCGCGGGCCGGACGUCGUGCCGUGCGCCGGCCGCCGAGGCCCUGCACGCCCAGUACCGCCCGCUCUUCUGGGGGGCUGCUGGUGCCGCACUGGGGCACAGCCUGGGGGUGCCACACUGCGGGACGGGCACGGCAGCCGCGUGGGAGCUGAGCCGCGCUCUCGCCCAGGCCCGCGUCCCCCAGGAGUGUGAGGAGGAGCUGGGGGGGCUCUGCCUGCGCCUGCUCUGCCGCGGCGUCCUCCGGAGCUGGGACAGAGAUUUCACCCGCGCCCUGGGCUCGGGUCUGUCCGUGCCGGGCUCGGGGGAGCCGAUGCCGGCGGCAGGAUGGGUGCGGAGCCGGCCGGCGCUCAGCCUGCAGCGGCUCUACCCGGCGCUGGCCUUCGCCCUGCGCUGCCUGCGGGCCCUGCCCGCCUGCCCGCCCGGCCGCCCUCCCUGCCUGCGCCUGCAGGUGCUGGGCUGCUGCCUGGCCACGGCGCAGGCGGCCGGCUCCUGGCUGGUGGGCACAGCCCGCCGGUACCUGGCGGCCCGGGCGCUGCCCCAGCUCCUGCUCCUCACCCAGGGGGACCUGCAGCUGCUGAGGACAGAGACAGACGCGCUGGUGGUGCUGGUGAACGGGAUCUUCCCGGGGCCCGGGGCCGCCCCCCCGGCGCUGCCCCCCACCCCACCGUCCCUGCAGGAGCACCAGCUGUGCCAGCAGAUCCGCUCCACGGCCACCAGCAUCCAGCUCUUCUCGGGGGACGUGCUGAGGAUGUUCUCCGCGGACUGCAAGCGGCUGUCAGCGGAGAUCUUCGACCAGACCAUGCCGCUGGGCAAGCACUGGAGGGGCGGCCCCCGCGCCGAGCCUCCCCGUUCCCCCAGUGCGUACGCGGCGGCGGCGGCGCAGGCGGUGCUGGGCAGGGUGCUGCAGGUCGCCUGGCUCCUGCCCCGCGACGCCCAGGCGCCCGCCCUGGCCCAGGCGACCACGGCGUUCCUGGAGGCCUGGAUGGAUCACAUCCUGACCCGCAGGAUCAAGUUCAGCUUGCAGGGAGCCUUGCAGCUGCGUCAGGACUUCGAGCUGGUGCGGGAGCUGGUGGGCUCCGAGCGCUCCGGGCUGGACCCCGAAACCCGUCAGGCCCUGCUCGCCCUCCGCGUCUUCCAGCAGAUGGAUGGGGCCAUCCUCUGCCUCCUGCAGCAGCCCGCCGGGGGGGCCGGGGGGGCCCCCCGCCCCUGGCGCUCCCUGCGCCGCUGCUGCUCGGACACCGGUGCCCGCCCGCAGGAGCCGAGCGCGGGCAGCCCGGGGGCGCCGGCGGCAGCGGGGACCCCCCCAGCCGGUGCCGCGGAGCCGGCGCGGUUGCCGGGGGGUGCCGUCCCCCGGUGCUCCGCGCCGGGGGGGCCGCAGCGGUGGCUGGAGCUGCGGCUGCGCCGGUCCCGGCGCUGGCGGGUGCCGUGUGCCGGCGGCGUCCCCGACGCCUGACCCUGCGCCGCGGCAAUAAACCGGCGGAACCGGGA